ACGAAUACAAAAGACCCCCAGCAGACGCGCUGAGAACGAAGUUACCUAACCGAGAUCAAAAUACCGCUAAAUUCCACUUGAAAAGCCUAAAUUUCGGCAUUUUCAAUUAAACUAGAAAUUUAGCGAGGUAUUUUGAUAUUCCUUUGAGGUAACCAAAGCUUUUUUGUCACAAAAUAUUGACUGGCAUCGCUCCCGCAACGCAAAACAAUGGACGACAACGUUGGCGUUCCGAGGACAGACGAAGGAUUAUCGGUAGUGCCUUCGUUAUCUGAAGUAAGCGAGCAGAUCGCAAUCGCCGAGCAUAUCCCGACUGAACACGAAACUUCCACCACUGCUGUCUUCCAUGCUGGCGAAGAGGGUUCGAGCACGAAUGUUGGUGGGCAUCCACAGUGUGAAGUACAAGUGGUAAAAGUCACGAACGGGAAUGUUAGUAUCAGUUUCGCUACUCCCGCUCCGACGGCAUCGCACAUCCAACCCUCUCAGACCAGCCUACAACCUAUCCAAGAAGUCAUCGCAGACAGUCCGGCACAUUCCACCAGAUCAUCCAGUCCAAAUUUACAAGAUUCACAAGGUAUUACCACUAUACAACAAGCGGAACAAGAUGAAAUGUCUACUGGAAAUCAACAAGUCGACGAAGGUUCACCUUUGGCUCGUCAGAAGUACGAAACGCAAGGCAAAUCGCCAUGGGAUGCAGCGCUCAGUGCAGAUGUACUUAUCGUGCGCUGCAGAAACGAAACAGCGGAGUUAUUCAAAACCAAACUUGGAUCAGGUGGUCGUGGGAAGUGCAUCAAGUAUCAAGACCAGUGGAUGACUCCAUCAGAAUUUGAAGCUCGCUGUGGAAGGGCAUCUUCAAAGGACUGGAAGCGCAGCAUCCGCUAUGGUGGGCGUACUCUUCAGUCCCUGAUAGAGGAUGGAGUUCUGACCCCUCAUGCUAUUUCAUGCACAUGUGCAACUUGCUGUGAUGAUGACACACUGGCUGGUCCAAUCAGGUUGUUUGUCCCCUACAAACGCCGUAAGCGUGAGUCAUCAACUUCUGGGUCACCAAUUCUCAAGAAGAGUUUGUCCCUCAGCUCUGAGAAUUCCAGGCGUGAGGCACAUGGAUUUAUGAUGCGGUCUGUAAGUGUUGACUCUGCAUCAGGUGCUUUUGCUACUAAUGAUGAAGGAACAGUUAUGGACACUGGAGAUUUGUCAAGUGGUCUCGUAACAGUGUCUAGCUGUGUGACAAGUGCAGUGCCACCUCAUACUCCUGCCACUCCUCUCACACCCAUGAUGAGUCCAUGCCCCCCUGUAAUGUCGCAAGCUGCCAGACCUGAGGGUCAGACCAUCACAGUGACACUACCUGUCACGCCACUCACAACCGGCGAUCCUAUGGUAGAUCAGAGGAGACACUGGUGGCAUAUUGAAGAGAUGGCGAACUCUUUGUUGAAUACAGCUCAGCAGUUGAAGGGAAUGAUAGAACAUGCCAAGCUGCAGGCAGAGGCUGCUAAGGAUGCAGCCAUAACUCAAGUUAAACUACAGGCAGAGGCUGAGAAGAAAGAGGCCUUGGCACAAGCUCGCAUGAACUCUCUGAUGCAGUUAUCUCGUGCGUUAAAUGAUGCAAGAGUGGAGAAGGAAGCUGCCAUUGCUCAAGCUGUAGCACAUGCCAAAGCUGAGAAAAUGGAGGCUGUUGCUGAUGAACGCCAGGAGCAGCUUAUUAAGUCCCUCAAUGGUGGUGAAAGUGAAAUUUCCAUGGAAGAAGAUCCCUCUGUUGUUGAAGAAGGAGAAAAAAAUGGUGUGGAAUAGGACAAAAACAGAGGGUGCAAAGCUGGAUUUCAACUGAACUGAGAUGCCUCUUGUCAGGUUCUCUUAAGUGAAGACCAAGCUGUCAGUUGGAGCUUGGGUGAAGAGUGUAAUUGAUACCUGUGCAGACUUCACAGGUUGACAAAAGAUGCAUCUUCACCUCUUUGAACUCAUUACUGUCAUUUUCUCUCGUUGUUGUCUUGUAUGGCAUGUGUUUUACACAAGACUUUGUAAUUUUACCUUCAUACAGAUCUGAUUAAUGUAUUUGUUGUUGUUUGGCUAUAAAUGUUGACAUUCGAAAUACAGGAGACAAACCGGCAUUGGAUCUGCAUUUCCUCUUGGCUACUGAAGUAUUUGUUUGAGUUCUUUCCACAGAAGCAAACAUCUCAUUGUAGUAUGUCGGUUUUAUAUAAAGAUGAUAUAUUCUUGUGACAUGAUGUAAAUUGUGCUAUACAUUCAAGUAUGUUUGUAAAAGAAAGUCACGUGAUCUUUACCUUUUGA